ACAAGUGCCGCAGAAGAAGAAAUUGUAGUUUCAAGAUGGCGCUACCCGGUGUUUUACUCGUGCGACUGAGAGCGCUGUGCAAUGUCACAAAAUGUAUUCAGUCAGGAGGCCAAACUGCGUGUAACUGGAGCGAUGCGUUGCGUGGGUAUAAGACGAACGCACGGGGCUUCCAGGAACACGACACGCCGUAUUUACAGAGAAAACGAGGUAACGUGGGUCCGAACCUUUUGAAGGAGUUUCCAGAUCCUAAAGGUCUCUUGAAUAAUAUCAUCUCCCGUUCACUUGGAGUCAACGAUCUGUCUCAGUUCAUCCAGUACAGCUGCUCAGAACAUGCAGGGGUUAAGAAAGCUGUUGUCACACUACAGUGGCCCUGCAAGAUUGAAGAGGUUGGUCAUGCCUCCAAGAAGACCGACGCAGAACGACUUGCGGCUGCUGCUGCGUGUCUCAAGCUAAGGGAAAUGGGUGUCAUUGGUCCAAACAAUCAGCUACCCGGGAGGAGAUCUGGCAGGCAGGGAGGGGAGUUACAAUCGGCUCUUCAUGGUGAUGAGUUGGACUCGACGGAAAUGGUCCAAAUUCCUAGAUGGAAAGAAGAGAGAGAAGAGCAGUGGAAAGUGGAUGAGAAAGAAAAGCAGUGGUUUCCCCCUGAAGACACCUGUGACAUCUCUGACGCUCUCUGCAUGUUCCCUCAACCCAAAUCUCUCCUCACCAGGGUGAUCCAAGUGGCCACAUCAUCCCACAGAAUCAGGGAGCUGAUUCAGUUCAAAACAAGCGGAGGGAGUAUGAAGAGCUGUGAGCUGACCCUGCACUGGCCGGAGGAGAUGAAGUUCUCAGCCACAGCCAAAAAUCGACUGACGGCGGAACGCAGAGCUGCAGCUCUGGCCUGCAUGAAACUGAAGGAGCUAGAGCUGCUGGAUAAAGACAACAACCCGCUUACUCAUGCAAAAUACCACAGAGAGAUGGUGAGGGAGGCCGGAGAGCGAGACAGACGGCCACUCUCCCUGGAAGUCCCAGAGUACCUGGAGGAACAAAUGAGGGAGUACCUCGCACAGUACCCAGUGGCAACAGAAGUACAAAGGCUUUGGGAGGAGGAAGAGGCGAGAGGACAGCAGUCAGUGAACCAGGAUGAGGAAGAGGAGGAGGAUGUGGUGACGGACGCUAUCACAGGUAGACCGUACAGGCCCCUGUCUGAACACGAGGCCCAGCAGCUCAACAGCCACCUGCUGGAGGACUGGGAGAGGGCAAACCCCGGGCUUAGUGUGGAGCUCCCAGUGGAUGCCCAUCGUCAGCGCGUGGUGUCGAAGGUUCAGUCCUCCAGGGUGGUUGUGAUCGACGGCGAAACCGGAUGUGGGAAAACGACUCGGAUACCUCGCUUCCUGCUGGAGGAGUGCGUGAGAAGCGGCGAUGGGGCCAAGUGCAACAUCCUGGUGACCCAGCCUCGCCGGAUCAGCGCCGUGUCCGUUGCCCAACGUGUUGCUCAUGAGAUGGGACCAGCUCUAAAACACUCUGUGGGAUAUCAGGUAAGACUUGAGAGCCGUCCACCAGAGCACAGUGGAGGAGCCUUGCUUUUCCUCACAGUGGGUGUCCUCCUGAAGAAGCUGCAGUCAAACCCCUCCCUGAAGGGAAUCAGCCAUGUGGUGGUAGACGAAGUUCACGAGAGAGACAUCAACACGGACCUGCUGCUGGCUCUACUGCGCUCCAGCAUGAAAGAGAACCCUGACCUACGAGUGGUGCUAAUGAGCGCUACAGGGGACAAAGACAGGCUGGCCCAGUACUUCGGAGGCUGCACAGUCGUGAAAGUUCCCGGGUUUAUGCACCCAGUAAAGGACAGAUACUUGGAGGAUGUGCUGAGACUGUUAGGACGCCCACUGCCUGUCCAACAGAUAAAUAACGACAACAAGCAGAGAGGACGAGAGGAGCUUUCACCAGACGUAGAUUUAGUAGCUGAUUUGAUCGAACACAUCGACAAGCAUGGAGAGCCAGGUGCAGUGUUAUGUUUCCUCCCUGGAUGGCAGGACAUCAGGGCGGUCCAGGAGAAACUGGAGGCCAGACGUCACUUUUCCUCCCGCUCACACAUGAUCUUGCCGUUGCAUUCUAGUUUAUCAGUGUCAGACCAGCAGGCGGUGUUCCAGCGCCCCCAAGUGGGCCAGAGGAAGAUUGUGCUCACCACUAACGUUGCUGAGACCUCCAUCACCAUCGACGAUAUCGUCCAUGUGGUGGAUGCAGGGACUCACAAACAACAGAAUUAUGACACACACACUAAGGUCUCCUGUCUGGACACAGUCUGGAUUUCUCGCUCUAACGUUACCCAAAGAAAAGGGAGAGCAGGGCGAUGUCAGCCGGGGCAAUCCUACCACCUUUUCCCAAGGAACCAGCUGGAAACCAUGAGUCCCUUCCCCAUCCCAGAGAUCCUCCGAACCCCACUGGAGAGUUUAGUUGUGCAAGCCAAGAUCCACAGUCCUAACGGCAAGGCUGUAGAUUUCUUAUCCCAAGUGCUGGACAGUCCAGAGAAGCAAGCUGUGAGAGAUGCCGUCCGAAAUCUACAAGACAUCGGAGUUCUGGACAAGACCGAAACCCUGACGCCUUUAGGAGAGCGUGUCUCCCGCAUGUCAUGUGACCCUCGUCUGGGCAAAGUGCUGGUCCUGAGUGCCAUGUUCAGAUGUGUUCUGCCCCUUCUGUCUGUGGCCGCAUGUCUGACCAGAGAUCCUUUUCACAACAGCCUGCAGAACAGAGGACUAGUCGGCAAGGCGAAAGAGGCUCUGAGCGGCUCCAGCUUCUGUGACUACUUGGUGUUCUCCAGAGCCGUGUUGGGCUGGAGGAAAAUUCAGUACGAGGCCGACAGAGAGGACAGAGAUGCAUAUGUGCACAAACACUCUCUGUCCUGGUUCAGCCUGAGAUUUAUCAACGGUCUCAUCUCUCAGUUCAGUGAGAAUCUGCAUGACGCCGAGCUGGUGUCUCGCGCCAAUGACUGCCAGCGUUACACGUCGCUCUACAACGAGCACAGCAACCAGGAUGAGCUGCUGAAAGCUGUGCUGCUGGCUGGACUCUAUCCAAACCUCAUUCAGGUGAAGAAAGGUGUCGUGAACAAAGGACGCUUCCGCCCCGACGGCAUUUCUUUACGCACAUUCAGUGGACCUGUAGUCCUCCACCGCUCCUCAGUGAACAGAGGAAAAGCGGAGCUCCCCAGUCGCUGGUUGACCUUCUUUAGUGCCGUCAAGUCCAGCGGGAAUGUUUUCAUCAGAGACUCUUCGACUGUCCAUCCACUCGCCCUGCUGCUGCUCACAGACUGUGACAUCACAGAGACAGUGAAUGGAGACCGGGUGGAGGUGUCACUUCACGGGCGCUCUCUGGUGCGCUGUGAGUUGUCCGUUGCAGCAUGGGAGCUGCUGUGGGAGCUGCGCACAUCCAUACAGACCAUGCUCUACCGCAACCUCAGCCAUCCCAGCAACGCAGUCAACAACGCCACUCAAGAUGGAGAGCUCAUCUCUUUACUGGUGGAGCUGCUCAACAACACAGAAUCGAACCCUUUCACUCCGAACCACAACAGUGACAGUGAGGUGGAUUAAUGCCUCUUUAAGCACUUUCUACGUGUGUUGUGUUGGAUCUGCUGGCUGGUUCAGAGGAACAAAAGAGGAGGAUGGUAUCUCGUUUGUACGUUUUCUUUGUGUGAAAGGAGACUGUGGUAACUUUUACUGAUAAAUAGAGCCAGUCGACAACUUCACAUCCAGACAUUAAAUCUUUAUGUAGAACAGCCGGAGUUAUUUUACAGGACUGUGCUGUAAUCAAGUGUAUUGUAAAGUAAAGUUCCAGUACAAAGCAGAAAAUAGGGAACCAUAAACCCCAACAAAUAUAAUAUGUUAAACAACAGCUCCUCGUAGUGGAAGCCAGCUAUACUGCAGUUAACCUAGUUUGGUGUUACAACCAGUACCUUGAGUACUUGGAAAAGUAAUUCAUCUGCUGAAAUGGACCCUAGGAGAGCAGAAAAUGGACUGUUUUUGGGAUGAAUGAUGAACUUGGUGUGUUGAAAUCCAUUGAUUUGGAUUUUGGACUAUCGUGGUUAUUUGCUCUAUGAGAAGCAGAAGUUGAAUAUUACUUUAACGAGUAUCAUUGGCCAAAGGUCAAAGACUGUGCAGAGUGAAAUGUCAUAUUUAUUGCAAUAAAUAUCAACGUGAGAAAAAUGAUCAAA